GAUAGGCAGCCCCAGAUACCAAUACCCCGAGAAUGAGUCACACUGAUUGGCUGCAACUAAAAUAGGAUUGGCUGAAGCUGCUAUCUAUCAUAUUUCCACACAGUAGGGAGGUAUUCGUGCUCAAUAGUAAGGGAAGGCCUAUAGCCGCCUUCUGGGUGGGUAGCGGCGGCGGCGCGGGAGUUGGCAGUGGGGGCCCCUGUUGCUUUACCCGCGUCCGGUUCUUGGACGUGCCCUUCAGGUAGCGUCUAGUAUGUGCACGUCCGGACUUCCCUCUCACCACGAAGAAGCGGUAAGAGCCGGAGCUUCGGCUGUCCUCUUCUUCUCAUGGGUCGCUUCCCUGCUUGGUCGAAGUACGAGCGGUCGAUAAGAGAGAAGACAGAGGGCGCGCAGUCGUUGUGGGUCCGGAGCAGGAAAGUCUGGAUGGGGACUUUGCUUCGGUUUUCCCUUUGAAGGUGAAAGCGGUUCCCGACGACGACCAGAAGAAGGCACCGGUUUCCCGCCUGGCGUACCUCCCCUUAGGUUUCCUUGGCUGCCUCACGCCGCUUCUGGCAUUGUGGGAGCCGCCCAGGCAGAGCCCCUUUCUCCUUCCCAUACGCUUCGACUCAGGAGGGAAACUUCCAGCCGUGCCUUGUUCCAAGUUUUAUGGGCUGAAGAAGUGGAAGGAUUCGCUGUCUAACCAAGACAGCCCUUUCGCCGCCUCCGCCUCCCUGCUCUUGCUGCCGAGGGUGCCUGCGCUUCUUUGCCAUACAGGCAGGCGUAAUCAUGAGGACUGACAGGUGACUUGGAGUUCGGGGGACCCUUAGUCUGUGUUUGGUAUUGUUUGUUUGUUCGUCUGACUUUUCCAAAGAUGACGACGAAGUGAGUUUUUUGAGCGACUCAGGAACAUCUUCUGAAUCGGGGUGCCUCUUCAAAUAAUGGCUGCUGACCGAGAUGGAGAAAUGAGGUGGGAUGGGCUUUGCAGUAGGGAUGUCAGCGCCAGAGACAGUGCCUUCGAAAACAUCAGGCAAGUGGUCCUGAAGAAAAGUGAGACCAUGGUUCUUGUAAAAGCAAAACCGUCUCCUCCCGCCGCAGAAGGGGUAUUGCCUUCUGUUCACCGAUCUUCAGGAGGGCUAAAUGAGAUGCUGGCGCGCUUGCUGAUGCUGUCCAAGAGGUGCCCCUUCAGAGAUGUGCGGGAGAAGAGUGAGGCUGUUCUGAGAAAUGUUCAGGAACUUGGAGUUAGGAUUCCUAGACCACUGGGACAAGGACCAAGCAGAUUCAUCCCAGAGAUGGAGAUUCUUCAAGUGAGUGCUGAAGAUACCCAAAUGCAUACUUUGUUUGCAGAGUCUUUUACAACUUUAGGGCGUUUGGACAACGUUGCCUUAGUGAUGGUUUUCCAUCCACAGUAUCUAGAGAGCUUUUUGAAAACUCAGCAUUAUUUGUUGCAGAUGGAUGGGCCACUGCCUCUUCAUUAUCGACACUACAUAGGUAUCAUGGCAGCUGCUAGGCACCAGUGCUCUUACUUGGUUAAUCUGCAUGUCAGUGACUUUCUCCAUGUUGGGGGAGACCCUAAAUGGCUGAAUGGUCUAGAGAAUGCACCUCAGAAACUACAGAAUUUGGGUGAAUUGAACAAAAUCUUGGCACACAGACCAUGGCUCAUUACGAAGGAACAUAUUGAACAACUGUUAAAGACUGAAGAACAUAGCUGGUCAUUGGCAGAACUGAUCCAUGCUGUAGUUCUUCUUACACACUACCAUUCUCUUGCCUCCUUCACAUUUGGCUGUGGAAUCAACCCAGAGAUUCAUUGUGAUGGUGGUCACACCUUCAGGCCUCCCUCUGUCAGUGACUGUUGCAUUUGUGAUAUUACAAAUGGAAACCACAGUAUGUGUGAGACACAGAGCCCAGUUAGAAAUAUUCUGACCACGGAGCCUUCCAGUGAAGUGGAAGCACUUAUGGAAAAAAUGAAGCAGCUACAGGAAUGCAGAGAUGAUGCUAAAGCCAGCAAAGAAGAAAAGGCCACUCGUUUUGAGAAAGAGAAAAGAGAAAGCAUGUUAGUCUGUUGCUCAGAGGAUGAAGAAAUGGCACCAACAAGAGAUGUGUCUCGCCAUUUUGAGGAUACGAGUUAUGGUUACAAGGAUUUCUCCAGGCAUGGAAUGCAUGUGCCUACGUUGCAUGCUCAGGAGUAUUCAUGGGAGGACCAUGGAUAUUCACUGGUAAAUCGUCUAUAUCCAGAUGUGGGGCAGCUGAUUGAUGAGAAGUUUCAUAUUGCUUACAACCUGACUUAUAACACAAUGGCCAUGCAUAAAGAUGUGGAUACCUCAAUGCUUAGACGUGCAAUUUGGAAUUAUAUCCACUGUAUGUUUGGAAUAAGAUAUGAUGAUUAUGAUUAUGGUGAAAUUAACCAGCUACUGGACCGCAGCUUUAAAGUUUACAUCAAAACUGUAGUUUGUAUGCCUGAAAAGACCACAAAAAGAAUGUAUGAUAGCUUCUGGAGGCAAUUCAAACACUCUGAGAAGGUUCAUGUCAAUUUGCUUCUUAUAGAAGCGCGGAUGCAGGCUGAACUGCUUUAUGUUCUGAGAGCCAUUACUCGCUACAUGACCUGAAACAUCAGUUAACAGUGAUGGAAGGUGCAGAAUAUUCUACCUACCAGAGAAUGGUAACAAGCUCCUGAAUCAGUGGUGGCUAAAAGCUGAGACCCAUUGUGCCAUAACUUCUAUAGUUUCAGCUCUUCCCUUGAUAGAAUGUUACUGCUGCUGCUGGAUGUGGUGGUAGGGGGACACAACUGUGCAGACAUGCUCCCUGAUCACUACAGCCUUGCUUCUGGUAGCACAGGAAACCAUGAUUCAUGGUAGCAAAGUAGUUAAUUAUGCAGAUCUUGUACUGCUGCAAGUAGAUAAAAUCUGGAGCACAAGAAGUUGAGGACUUCGGCUUUUGAUACAAGAAUAAUUGUUUUAGGAAUGUUCUGAUGCUGCUGUAUUUGCUGGUGGAAUGAAGAGACUAGCAAUUCCAAUUAAGCUACAAGUGAACAUAAGCACUGCUAUUGUCUGAGCCUAUAUUUGAUAUGGUUUUAGAUAAAGUCCUUGCUCAUAACCCUACUGUAUGCCAUACUAACUCUUAUAAUUGCAACAGGAUUUUUUUUAAAUACUGUUGCUUAGUUUUAAAAUAUGCUAGUGGCUUGGACUUGUUCAUAGUAGUGUGGUUAAUAUAAGAAUGAGAAGGGAUGGGAAUUUUUAAAGCUGCUAAGUCUGCAACUAUGUGCUAAAUACUUGGGAACAAGGAUGAGUGUAGUUCUCUUUCUGUUAUUCCUAGGAAGCUAGCUACAUUGUAAGAAUGUGAUUUCAGACUAUCAAGCAACCCCUUACUACACUGCUUACUCACAGCUAUGGUCUGUCACUUAGCAGCAGCUUAAGUAGGAAAAUGGUAUAAAACAUUAACUGCAAGUUUGGUAUACAACUGGUUUUUUGGAUACUUUUGUAUGAGCGUGAACUGCUUCUCAAAUCUCAGUAUUACUGAAUUAUGAAAUAAACCUUUUUCUCCUCUCA